AUCUUCAUUCAUCACAUACACAAUAUUUUCAGUACAAAAUCCCACUCUUGAAUUUUCCACUCUGUUAAUUUCUCAAGGAUGCUAGUGUUGUUUCAUCACGUUGUGUCUUUAUUUCGUUUGUAUGAUUAAUCAUUUUUGUCAUCAUAUGAUAUGUCAAACCCAAUCAUUUAUUUGUUUAUGUAUCUCUUGAUAUUUGACAAGAUAUAUCUUCAUAAUUGCUGUAACUUGAACAGGUUUUUGGUGGACCCUUUUCAUCAAUAAAAAAAAACACACAAGGGUUUUAUCACUUGAUCAGUGGAGCCCACCUAGGGUUUGUCUAAUCACACACAUAUAUGGAGAAAGAAGGAAAUUACAUGGAAAAUUUCCCUGGACUUGACUAUGAGCAACAACAAGAUUCAAUCAAUCAAGAAAUGGGAGCAAUACCACUUCUAUCAUCAUCCAACUUCUGCGGGUCGAAUUCUUUCGACAAGCUGAGCUUCGCGGAUGUGAUGCAGUUUGCCGACUUCGGCCCCAAACUAGGGCUGAAUCAAGGCAAGGCGCCCGAGGAAGAAGACGGAUUCUUCCUCAAGCUGCAGCAAGAUGAUGACGAGAGCCACCACCGCAUCUCGUUGAUGGCCUCUCAGGAGAGGGAAGAGCAAGGAGGUGGGGAAAAGAGCACUCAAGGGGAAGGGAAGAGCAAGAGGAAAAGGCCAAGAACUUCGAAGACCGUGGAAGAAGUUGAGAGCCAAAGAAUGACUCAUAUUGCUGUGGAGAGGAAUAGAAGGAAGCAAAUGAAUGAGCAUCUUCGUGUCUUGAGGUCUCUCAUGCCUAGCUCCUAUGUUCAAAGGGGUGAUCAAGCAUCUAUAAUUGGUGGAGCGAUUGAGUUUGUGAGGGAGCUAGAGCAGCUCCUCCAAUGCCUCGAGUCGCAGAAGAGGAGGAGGCUGUACGGAGAUGGGGCAAGGCCAGCUGGAGAUCCAUCCACGGCCGUGCAGCAGCAGCAGCAGCCUCAGAUGUUAGCCAUUCCAAGUGAUGAAGAAACUGCAGGUCUUCGAGAAGAAACCGCGGAGAGCAAGUCAUUCUUAGCAGAUGUGGAGGUGAAGCUGUUAGGGUUUGAUGCUUUGAUCAAGAUUCUGUCGAGGAGAAGACAUGGACAGCUCAUCCAAACCAUUGCUGCACUUGAAGAUUUGCAGCUCACUAUUCUGCAUACUAAUAUCACUACUAUUGAACAAACUGUUCUUUAUUCUUUCAAUAUCAAGAUUAAUGGGGAGGCAAGGUUCACGGCUGAAGAUCUGGCAAACUCAGUUCAACAAAUUUUCAGUUUUAUCCAUGCAAACAAUGGCAUAUGAAGUGAUAGAUAUAGAAACAUAAUGUUUGUAUGAAUUUGUAUUGUGCACCAAGAUAAUCAUAAAUCUAUGUAGUAAUUUUGUUCACAUUUUUGUUGACAUAUUCACAUGUGAGAUGUCCUGAAUCGAAAAUGUGAAGUAAAGCGAGAUCAACUUGAAUACUUAGGUAAAAGUCACUCCUUUUGUCA